GCCAAUUGGGCCCUGAGAGCUUCCGAAAAUUUGGCCAGCUCCAAAUCCCACGCACACGAGCGACGACAUCCUCAGAAACCCCCCCACCACCGACGUCGUCGACCACCUUCGAUCCCCGAGUCCCCGGAGGGAGAGGACCGGAAAUAAUAAUAAAAAAAUAAAAAGGGAAGAGAGGAAAGGGCGGGAAAAGGCGGAAGGAGGGAGUGAAAGAAAGAAAGGAAGAAAGAAAGAAAGAAAAGAAAAAAAUGCAGAAGAUCCUCCGCCGCGUAGCGACCGCCGAGCGGGCGGUCGCCAAGCGCCACAAGAAGCAGAUGCAGGCGCGGGACAAGAAGGGCCUAUCGCGGCAGCGGGUCCGGCGGCAGCAGCAGCUGUCAGCGUUCGGGGUCGAUGUCAAGAAUGCCAAAAUGGCGAUCAAGGAUGCGUGGGAGCUGGGCCCGCUGGCCCCGCGGUCUGACGUCGGCAUCCACGCCGGCACGCGCGGCGCCAUCAAGGAGACCCAGUACGGGGUGUUCGGGAGACCGACGCCGACCCAACUCGAGGCGCGGUGCGCCUGGGCCGGCGGCACCAAGUUCCUGAGCCUGGCCGUCGACGACCGCGUCGUGCUGAUGGAGGGCCCGGACAAGGGCCGCAUCGGCAAGAUCAUGGAUAUCGACCCCAACAAGAUGGAAGUGUUCGUCGACGGGUUGAACAAGAGCAACGUAGCGAUCGACCCCGACCUCCGCAAUAGGAAACAGCCGGUCGCCAUGGCCACGGAGCUCGGCAUCACCAUCUCGCGCGUGCGGCUCGUGCAUCCGCUGAAGGACCCUGUGACGGGCGUGACGCGGGACGUGAUCAUCAACCGGAUCGAGCCGCGCAGCAUCGCGCACGACCGGUACACGGGGAAGCGGCACUGGACACGAGUAGUACCGGGGCUGAACGCCGUGAUCCCGUGGCCGAAGAAGGAGCCGGAGAACCUGAAGGACCACGCGGCGGACACGCUGCGCAUCGACGUCGAGGAAAAGACGUUCGUGCCGACGCUGCUGCGCCCGCCCAUGCCCGAGUCCCUCAUCGACGAGCUGCGCGGCAAGUACUCGCGCUUCCGCACCCGCCACGACCCCGAGUACGUCGCGCGCCUCGAGGCCGAGGAGCAGGCCAAGCGCGACCAGAAGAAGGCCGCGGAAGAAAGCAUGCGCACGCCCCUGCAGGAGCUGCAUCGCGCCGAGCGCGAGAAGAAGAAGAAGAAGGGCAAGCCGCGCCUGACGGUCGAGAUGCUCGAGAAGAUCGGCGAGGUCAUGGCGAGGAAUAUGGAGAGGCAGCGGAACGCGCAGGGGGCUUUGCCUGAGGCCGGUGGUAGUAGUAGUAGUGGUGGUGGUGGUGAUGUUGGUGGUGAUGGCGAAGCGUCGACGUCAGCUAAAGCAAAAACGACGGAAGCCGAAACAAGUCCGCCGCCUUUAGAGACAGUUAGCGAGGAGACGCCACCUCCACCGUCUUCAUAAGCUAUCAAGAAAUAAAAAUAAAAGGGGUCCUAGAGUACACUAUAGUUUAAGACUUGUAAAAUAAAUGUAUAUAACGCAUUCACGACUACUAU